AUGAGUUACUGUGACGAACCAUGCCCAACAGUUGAUGCUUUUCUAAAACGUUCACCGUAUCUUGCUGAGUUUAAUCCUAAUAUCUAUCAAGGUAUUUGGUAUGAAUUAGCUUUUUAUGCAGACACGAAUUUCUAUACCGAUGAUUUCAUAACUAGUUGCCCAUAUGAAACGGCUUGGCGUAGAAGAAAUUAUACAAAACAUAUGGAUGGAACAGUUAAUGACAAACAUGAUCCUUUUUUUUAUGCCGGAAACAGGUUUUCACGUGCAAUUUUUAUAAUACUAAGAAGUGUAAUUAAAAAUGAUUCCUAUGAUCGAACUAUUCAAUAUCAAUGUAAAAUUGAUCAAUUAGGUAAACGAGUAUUUACCGGUGUGAAUUUUCUUCCACGUACUCACUUUGAUUCGGCCGCAGAUCGUAAACAAGCAACUGAUGAAAUGAUAAAUGAAGCUUUGAAUGCAGGUGCUGAACAGAAAUAUUUGCAAGAAUUAAAAAUUGUUCAAUGGGAAACUUGUUUCAAAUGA